AUGAGGCUCUGUGUUUUUACACUUCUCAAUGCCUUGAUCUACACUGGAGCUCAAGCCAAAUACAAGGACAUGCACAUUGCUGGGUGUUUUGAUACAAAGCAAGGAGAGGAUAUGUAUGGACUUGAAGGGGAUGAAAUGGGGCAUGCAGAUUUCAGUAAACGAGAAUUUGUGAUGACGCUGCCUGACUUUGCAGAUCCAUUCAGCUAUGCAGAAGAAACGUUUGACACAGUUAAAAAUAUCCAACAAGUCUGUAAAGAUAACAUACACGCUUACAUGAGGAUUUAUAAGUUCCCCACUGAAGCAACAGCUCCUCCUGAGAACUCGAUUUAUCCAAAGGAUGAUGUGAUACCUGGUGUGAAGAACAUACUCAUCUGUUAUGUGACUGGAUUCUACCCUCCUGCACUCAGAGUAAAGUGGACAAGGAACAAUGAGGAUGUGACAGAGGGAACGACUCUUAGUCAGUUUCGACCCAACGAAGAUAAAACCUUUACCAUAUUUUCCACACUGAGCUUCACUCCAGAGCAGGGGGACAUCUACACCUGCACAGUGGAGCAUCAGGCCCUGCCGCAACCCCAAACCAAAAUGUGGGAUGCUGAUGAUGAGAUUACCGUGCGCAGUAUUGGUCCAUCUGUGUUCUGUGGAGUGGGUCUGACUGUUGGGCUGCUGGGAGUGGCAGUUGGAACAUUCUUCUUCGUCAAAAUCAACAACUGCAACUGA